CGAAGACUGAACCUCGGCUGUUUUCAGCGCGGACGGUUUGUAGUCUCUGUUACUGUGAUAUCGUGUAGACUUUACUUGAUGGCUCUCUUUACUCCUACGAACCAAAAACGGUUGACUAACAUAUCUGUAGUUCGCCUUAAAAAAGGUGGUAAUCGUUACGAGUUGGCAUGUUACCCAAACAAAGUGCAAGCUUGGCGAGACAAGCUGUACGUUAUAAACUAUCAAAUUACACUACAGUGAAACUAAUUUAGAUGAAGUUUUACAGGCUCAUUGUGUCUUCACGAAUGUCUCAAAAGGUCAGUUCGCUAACAAAAAGGAAAUGUAUGUACAUUUUCGCACAGAAGAUGAAAGACAAAUAAUAAAGACAAUACUAGAACAUGGAGAAUUACAACUCACAGAAAAGGAACGCCUUGUAGGACAACAGGCUUUGUUUAGAGAUGUGGCUAAAAUAGUGUCUGAAAGAUGCGUAAACCCUGAAAACAACCGGGCAUACACUGUCACGAUGAUAGAGAAGAUGAUGAAAGAUUGUCACAUAUCCCUAAAGGCUAAUAAAAGUGCUAAACAGCAUGCUUUAGAGGUAAUCAAGCAAUUACGGUCGGCUCCUGGAUUUAAAAUUGCUCCUUCAAUGAUGGAAGUGAAUAUUACCAUACAGAAAGACUCAUGUGAAUCCGUUAUCGAAAGACUUUUGCAACUGUGCAAUGAUAUCGUACAACAAAGUGAAUCACCCGAUGGACUUUACGACUUGACUGCUGUUGUUGAACCUGAGAAAUAUGGCUCUAUCGAAACACUUCUCCAUAACGAAAUAAAGGGUAAAUAUUCCAUAGAAAUUUCCGAUGGUACGAAGUGUAGUCACAAAGGACUCACAAAUUUAAACUCUGCUUUAACAGUAAAAACAGAAGUUGGGGAAAGAAAAGGUGUGAAAACUGUUCCAGAUAAAAAUGUUUCAUCGCAGUCGAAUGAAAACAGGAUUACUCAGUCAUCUGAAGCUUCAGUUUCUGUCGAGAAGAAAGACAGAAAUAAGUCCAAGAGAAAGAAUAAAAAAGGUUCUAAACGUAAUGAUGAUUGGUCUGAUGACUAAUCUAGCUGAUUGUUGUUAUGUUAACUUAUUCUUCAACCAGUCAGAUUUAUAAUGAUUUGUUUUUUCUUUACCCUUAAUGUGUAUCAUAAAUUAAUAAAGUCAAUUUUUAUGCUCUGA